AUGGCUGCAAACCAUCACCAUCACAUGACAAAUAACAUGCCAAAUAGUUCACACAAUUUACACUCAAAUGUUGUGGGCGUUCACUACCGAGUUGGAAAAAAAAUCGGCGAAGGAAGCUUUGGUGUUAUUUUUGAAGGGACUAAUUUGUUAAACAACCAACAAGUUGCCAUAAAGUUUGAACCAAGAAAAAGUGAAGCACCACAGCUACGAGAUGAAUAUAGAACAUAUAAAAUUUUAGCAGGGUCGCCGGGUAUACCAAAUGUAUAUUAUUUUGGACAAGAGGGCCUUCACAACAUACUAGUGAUUGAUCUUCUUGGCCCCAGUCUAGAGGAUUUGUUUGAUAUGUGCGGAAGAAAAUUUAGCAUUAAAACAGUUGUCAUGGUAGCAAAACAAAUGCUUACAAGGGUACAAACUAUUCAUGAAAGGAACCUGAUUUAUAGAGAUAUUAAACCAGAUAAUUUUUUGGUGGGUAGACCGUCAACAAGAAUUGCAAAUAUAAUCCAUGUUGUUGAUUUCGGUAUGGCCAAACAAUAUCGAGAUCCAAAAACAAAACAACAUAUUCCAUAUCGGGAAAGGAAAAGUUUAAGUGGCACAGCCAGAUAUAUGAGCAUCAACACUCAUUUAGGAAGAGAGCAAUCAAGACGUGAUGAUUUAGAGGCUCUUGGUCAUGUAUUCAUGUACUUUUUAAGGGGUGGAUUACCAUGGCAAGGGCUCAAAGCUGCUACAAAUAAACAAAAAUAUGAGAAAAUCGGUGAAAAAAAACAAACAACUCCAAUUAAAGAAUUAUGUGAAGGAUUUCCAGAGGAAUUUGGAAUUUAUUUAAAUUACGUUCGUAAACUUGGAUUUGAAGAAAAUCCUGAUUACGAUUUUUUGAGAGAACUUUUUACAAAAGUAUUAAAAAAUCUCAGUGAAGUUGAAGAUGGUGUUUACGAUUGGAAUUUAUUAAAUGGUGGAAGGGGCUGGGAGGCAAGCAUUCGGAAAGAUGAUAACACACUCAAUCCUGACACUAACCCUCACAUAACACUUCACGGUGGUUCCUCUCAGCAAUAUAGUACAACAGGUGCAAUUCAUCAACCCUCCCAUCAUCAAUAUCAUACCGAUCCACGCAAUCAUAAUCAUCGAUCCUCGCUUAAUCGUGGAUCAUCAGUGAACCGUAAUAAUCAACAACAAACACAACCUUCACCUGCUCUAAUCCAUUCAUCAAACACAAAACCACAACGAGCUGGUGGUAAACCACAAAAACAUACCGGCGGUGUUGCGGUCAUGAAUUCCGGAAUGGAUGAUAUAAAUGCAUAUUCUGGCCGACCUGUAAUGAACGGUGGAAAUGGCGGUAUAAAUAAUUCAUCGGGUGUUCAAGGAAACAAUCCGGCAGAUUCAAAUUCCCAUAGAAGAAAAGGAUUUUUACAAAAAUUGAUUGGAGUUAUUACAUGUAGUAUGUGUAGCUAA